AUGCUGCUGCGGAGCGCGUCGUCACAGCUGCUCAACUGCGUACGUGCGCCGUCUGCGGCGUCGGUGGAGCACCUCGCGGUGGUUACGACGUCGUUGCUGUCACCGGCGGUGGCGGCGCCGAGGCAGGGGGCGGUGCUGUGCCGCGCCAUGUCCGAGGGGGACCUCGCGGCGCCGCUCGUCCCCAAGAAGGACCACGAGGGACACGGGAGGGCGCCGAGGCUGUCGGCGUCCUCGUCCUCGUCCGCCUCCAUCUCCCUCGAGGAGGACGACCGCGAGGGUGAGGAGGACGAGGAUGAGGAGACCGUGGUCGUGGUCGUCGCGGGGGCAGGAGGCGCGGACGUCCCGCUGCCGCUGCGGCGGCUUCUGACGAGCACGGGGCUGGACGUGUCCGCGGCCGAGGGGCGAGAGGCGCUGGCGCUCGUGGAGCAGGGCGUCGGGGGCAGCAGCGGGGGCGGGAACAGGAAGGCUCUCGGCAGCAGCGGUGGCCAGGGUGGGGUCGGGGACGGCGGCGGUGGCGACGGUGGCAGCAACCACGCCGCCACGGACACGCACUACCGGCAGAUGAUCGAGGCGGACCCGGGCAACUCGCUGCUGCUGGUCAACUACGCCAGGUUCCUCAAGGAGGUGGAGGGGGACGCCGCGAGGGCGAUGGAGUACUGCGAGCGCGCCAGCCCCGGCGACGCCGAGGCACUGUCGCUCUACGCGGGCCUCGUUUGGGAGACCAGCCGCGACGCUGGCCGCGCCGAGGACUACUACAGCCGCGCCGUCCAGGCCGCGCCCGACGACUGCUACAUCCUGGGCUCCUACGCCGGGUUCCUGUGGGACGCCGAGGAGGACGACGAAGAGAGUGACAACUCGGGGACCUUGCCACCGCCUUCGCUGUUCCAGGGGGCGGUUCAGCAUCCUUCCAUCACAGCGGCCUCUUAG